AUGUCUGUACAAGGUACAUGGUGUGAUGAUAUGAUUAUUCAAGCUGUUGCGGAUCAAUAUCAUUUAAAAAUAUUUAUUAUUGAAACUGAAGAAGGCUUUGAUCCAUUCACUAUUAUACAAGCAGUAUCAUCACCAGCAAUGACUGAUAUCUACUUAGGUCAUCUUGGUGAAUAUCAUUAUGUGUCAACAACACGCUGUCUUUCUAGUACAAAUAUUUUGCAGAGUAAACAGAAUUGUGUACAAUCGUUUCAAAAUAUAGAAAACAGUAUAAACAACAGAAAUAAUACUGUAAACAUUAGCAGUAGUGGAGAAAAAAGACUAUCCUCAGUUUAUGGUACUCCAACAAAACAAAUGUACCAAGCACAAUAUAUGUGA